AUGACAGUUGAGAAAUUUCACUCUGCUGGGAAUUCCCUUGGGGACAUGAGUGCCUCCUUCCACUAUUUCAGCUUUCCACUGGGAGGGAAACACACUCUGCACGCACACAGAGGUCUUUGGGCGUUCCUUUGCUUGUAUGCACCUCGGAGAUGCCCUCGGGGCCGUUUGGCGCCAGCGCGGCAGGACGCCACCGCCAGGCACGAUCUCAGUUUGGGGCGGCAGCUCCAGGUCCCUGGAGACGUCCCAGGGAGGUGGGGUGGGAGGUCAGGUAGGUCCUGCGAAAGCGAGGCUCGACGGAGCGCGAUCCGACUCCUCCUCGCCGCGCUGCAUCCGCCUCUCGCCGCCUCCCUUGCGCCGCUACUCGGAGGGGAGGCAUCGCCGCUGCUGGGGCAGAAGGUAGCGGCAUCCCGGGCGGCACGUCUUCAGGGCCAAGUUGGACGGCGCGCCCGGACGAGGCUGUGCCCCGCCCUCGCUCCCUCCCUGGCGGAGCCACCAAGGGCCUCCCCUCCGCCUCAAAAGGUCCCCACCCGCCCGCGCCUCCGCCGGGGGAGAGCUCUGCACGUCUGGGCUCCGGCGGGCUGCGGAGAGGCUGCCGAGGAGCGGGCGCGGAGGCCGGGCGAAGCACCGCGGACAGCUCCGCCUCCUCCGCCUCCUGCCGGCCACUUUUGCGGCUGCUUCCCGCGGCCGCCAGAGCGAGCCGAGCGCCGUCCUCGUUGUCGUCGUCGGGCAGGCGGAGAGCGCGGAGAGGCGGCGCGGCAUGGAGCCUCCGCUCUGAGCUCCGCUCCGUCGUCGUGGAAGAGACAGGCAGGCAAGAUGCUGCCGGCGGAGCGGCGGACGGCGCCUCCGCCUCGCGGGGACUGAGGAGCAGGGCGGCGGCGGCGGCGGC